AUUCCAUUUUUCUUGGACUUCCGGUUUGUAAAACGUAAACAGUUUCGCAAACCGUAAUCUUAAUUUUAACCCGUUCUCAAAUUAAUUUUUCCAAACACACACUUAUCAUCAUUUUAUCAUGGGAUGUGAUGGUGGAACUAUUCCUACAAGAGAUGAACUUGUUAAAACAAAAAAGAAGCCAGAACAGAAAGAUAAAGCAUCUGAAUUAGCUGUGAAAUGGAAACAUUGUUCAAUCAGUUUAGAACCAUUACAUAAACCCAUAUUGGCGUGUGAAUUGGGAAGGUUGUAUAACAAAGAAUCCGUUUUGGAAUUUUUGAUUGAUAAAAGCAAGUUUGAUUUUGCUGAUCAGUUUAAUCACCUACGAGGAUUAAGGGACUUAAAAGAAUUGAAUUUAUCAGAAAAUCCUGCAUUUAAAGGUAUUAUAGCCGAGAAAGGAGAUGCUUACAUAGAUACACAAACAUCAGAAUAUAUUUGUCCUGUUGUCGGAACAGAACUUAGUGGAAAAUACAGAUUCUGUUAUAUAUGGACUUGUGGCUGUGUUUUGUCAGAGAGAGCUUUAAAAGAGAUUAAAUCAGAAGUUUGUCACAAGUGUGGUCAUACUUAUGAAGAGGAAAGUGUGGUAGUACUAAAUGGUACUGAUGAUGAUGUAGAUUUAAUGAGAAUUAAAAUGGAGGCCAGGAGAUUGAAAGCUAAACAGGAAAAGAAGGCAAAAAAGGCAGGUAAACACAAGGCAACUUCUAGUAGCACAGACUUAUCAACUGAUGGUGAACCAAGUAGUAAAUUGACUAAAAGGGAAAAAGAUAAAGAGGUUGCGGUCGCAUCUUCCUCAAAAGUAGAUGUUAAAUCUAAAUUGAUUAACGGUAAACCAGAUCUAAAAAGUAAACCAUCGAGAGGUAAAGCCGAAGAAAAAACUAUCAAAAGUAUUCAGAAUGAUCCUAAUGCCAGUGCUACAUAUAAAUCAUUAUUUACAACAUCUAGUAGAGCUAAAAAUCAACAACAAGCACAUUGGGUGACAUUUAAUCCCAUGUACUAUUAAACAAAUAUGAAAGAACAGAAUUUAUACACAAAUGUAGAUAAUUUUUAGAGCUGAAGGGAAAAUAUAUCAAAACAGAUGGGAAUCCUGCAGGUUGUUCCACUCUAUUUCUUAGCAAGCCAAAGGAAUUUGAGUCGACAUAAAUUUGAAACAAACAUCUGUAAUCUACCAUCUUGCUAUAUUAUUUAUUACGAUCCCUAUCAUACAGUUUGUACAGUUAUAGUCAUCAUACUCACUAACAUGACAAGUAUUUUUUAACCCUUGCAUUAUGAAAAAUUGUGCUUGGAGGAAAUAUUUUUUUAUUGUUCCCUCAUUGUCAUCUUUCACCAGUAAUAAUAUUAAACAUAAUAUUACUUUAAAAAUGUCAUUCAAUCAAGUUGAUUAACCAGAGGUGGAUCCAAGGGGGGGCGUGCGGCCCCCUUAAUUAUCGACAGUGGCCUUUUUUACUGCUGAAAGUGGCUUUUCUCAGACCCAAAAUAUGUCCGUUCGCAACUCGUUACAGGGAUCCCAAAUGACUCAAACCAUCGACUCAAACACACCAGUCUGGUCUAAUUAAUGCUUCCACUUUCAAACGAAUUCUUGUUGUUUAGCUGACGGUGCCCUAUAGAAUGUCUAUAGACAGACAUCAAUGAUAGCAUCUUGUGGAAUCGGCGGCGUAUACUACUAUACACUCAUGCCCAUCACCGACGCGCAUUAGUGCAACUUGAUGUAGUAUUGUUUCAUGUGUGGACAGUACAAGUUACAAGGCUUAAAUAGUGAAGUGGCUAGGGAAUAGAUUCGUCUUUUUUCCCAUCGUAAUGUCUCGCUCGCCUUGACAAUUUUCGAGUCGCAUGUUCAACUGGCUUUUUUGCUCGAUUUUAAGGCUCUUUUUCAACGAUUUUCGAACGUUUACUUAGACGAAAAUAUCAGUCAAAUAGCUCUUGGAAUUGCUACAGAUGCAGGAAAUGACGGAUAAUUUUCCCCCCAUAUCUUAGCGGCGUGGUGCAUCUCCGCGGUCAGUGCCCUCAUUUUGCGGCGCCCCCCCUUUUCAAAAUUCCUAGAUCCACCCCUGGAUUAACUGGGAAUCUAAUGGAAAGACUGAAAUGUACUAAUGUGGAAUCCACUUGAACUAUGAUUUUAUUUAUGUUAUUGAACCAUUAAUUAUAUGUUUUAUUGUAUAUUAUUUAAGUAAAAAUAAAGGUAGCAAUUUGGACAUAAAUAAGACUUGAUUACAGGACAUUAAACGGAUAAAUUGAAUGAAGGAUAAAUGACAAGUAAAUUGUAAUGAUUGUGGUUACAUGCAGAACCCACAUGAAGAAAAUUUGCCUUGAAAGUGGCAUUUCUUCCAUGUUGUCUUUGAGUCACAACUGUUAAGAUCUUUUAUAUAAUUUAUAAUUGAUAUGCAGCUAACAUCCCUGCCCAAAAAACUAUUUAAAAUUUUUCCAUAUCACAUACCCACUUCAGUGCCAGGCUAUUUUUCCAUGCUCACUCUGAUAUAUAUAAGCAUCCAGUUCUUGUAAAAGAACUCUUGACAGUUGGAAUUAAACAAGCCAACAGUGAGGCUGAUGUCCCUCGUCGAAAUCCCAAAAUAAAUAGAUGACACAUAUUCA